AAUCCGCCAGAGGGCGAAAUACUAGUUUUAUGUUUUUUUUUCUUUUUUAUCCUUCAACGGUUUAGUAAUAAUCUUAGAAAGCCAUGUCGAUUGGAGAAGACAUUAUUUUUGAAUAUCUUCAUAUGGAGAUUGUAAACGUUGUCGCAGGUCGGGAAGGAAUUCAUAACAAGGAUUUAAUUGUGAGCAAACUAGAGAAGAUGGGUCAUCGCGUUGGUCAAGGAAUGAUAGAUAGAUUUACAAAAGAUUCACCAAGAUUUAAAGAUGAAUUAGAUAUAAUGAAAUUUAUAUGCAAAGACUUCUGGACAGCAGUAUUUAAAAAACAAGUAGAUAAUUUAAGAACAAAUCACCAGGGAGUUUAUGUUCUGCUGGAUAAAAAAUUUCGUCUGCUAACACAUCUAUCAAGUGAAAAAGAAUACGUCGAAAUCGCACCAAAAUUUAUUGCGUUUUCCUGCGGCCUUAUAAGAGGAGCACUAUCUAACUUUGGUUUAAUCAGUAUAGUGACAGCAGAUGUAAAUUCUCUACCAGAAUGUAGGUUCCAAGUUCAAAUUCAUCGAUAA